AUGAUAGACCAUGUUCUGGGCCGGCCAUCCUCGCAAUUCCGCAAAGUCCAGGUCUUUGCUGUCGUCUCCUUCUGGUCGCUCUAUCUCCUAACAGGCGAUAAACAUGGACCUCCUAUUCUCCGACUAGUCUCCCAGCGACUCUCAAAACGCAUCACUCUUUGGCAAUCGGUCGUCUUGACUCUUCUCUAUCUGUACAUAUGUCGAAAUUUUGCCAAAUUAGUCGGCCUCGAGUCUCCUGAACCAUUAGCCAAUUUGUAUAGCAGAUCAUAUUUCCGAGCAACAUGGGUCACCACGGCGUUGGAUGCGGGUUUCUGGAGUGCUAUGAGAAUACGCAAUAAGACCAUGAGAGAUUUGGCGUCGAUGAUUUUCACUGUAUAUUACCUUAUCGCAGCGGAACAGGCAGACGAGAAAGUCAGAAAAGUCCGAGCGGUGUUGACGGUCGACCACUUGAGAGUGGCAUGGAACAAGUCCAACACACCUUAUCUAAAAUGGAUCAACGCGUUAAUGCGACCUCGAUUCACCAAAUACAAACCUCGACGGAUUCGAAUCCCACGGCCGAAACAGUCCAAUUACAAGGAACCUGUGGUGGCUUGGAUGUACUUUGAUGGUUCCCUUGCCGAGUUGGAAAAGCAGGAGAACCUUGUGCUGGACAUUCCCGGGGGAGGAUUUGUCGCAAUGGACCCAAGGACCAGCGACGACAAACUGCUGGCCUGGGCCGGAAGAACCGGGCUUCCCAUCCUGAGCCUGGAUUACAAAAAGGCCCCAGAGUAUCCAUACCCCUACGCACUCAAUGAGUGCUUCGAUGUGUAUGCGCAAAUCGUGGCGACUCGAGGCCGAUGCGUUGGAAUGAAACCUCACGCAUGUCCCAGAAUUGUUCUCACCGGCGAUAGCGCCGGCGGGAAUCUUGCCGUCGGCACCACGUUGAUGGUGAUCCAAUCGAAUCUGGCCGGAACCUCUCGAGGCAUCCUCCCUUCCCCAGCGGGCCUGGUCCUACUCUAUCCAUCACUGGAUAUGAACAUUAGUAGCUGGAUGACCGAUGAUCAAAUGGCAUUGAUUCGCAAUCCCCGAACUGCCAAAAAGUACGAGAGGUUCAUAAAGAGGAAGAGUGAAGACAUCGAUCGUCGGUACACUCCCACAACCCCAAAGCCUGUUUCCGAUGACGAGGAGGACGACCCGAACCACGAUUUCUUCGCGCCCAGGGAAGAGGAAGGCAAAGAACCGUCGGCGGUGGCAGCAGCAGUCACUCGACAUGACACCGAUGUGGAGGCGCAGCAGCAAGUCGUCGCCCUCUCGAAACCUCAAGCACUCAGGACAAGACUUGCGGUCUCCUCAAUCAUCUCAUACUUUGGCGAUCGCAUUCUCACUCCCGAAAUGAUGCGGGCAAUGAUCAUACUCUACGUCGGCCCCUACCAUCGGCCUGACUUCACCACCGACCAUCUCCUCUGUCCCGCCGUGGCCCCCGAGAAUCUCCUCGCCAAGUUUCCCAAGACGUACUUCUUGACCGGCGAGCGCGACCCUCUUGUCGACGACACCGUCAUUUUCGCAGGUCGCCUCCGCCAGGCCAAACUCCACUUAUUCCGCGAACGGCAGGAAGUCGGUCUGGAGAAAUCCAGCGAGGAAUUCAACGAGAAGGAUCAUGUCGAAGUGACGCUGAUCCCCGGCAUAUCACACGGAUUUGUAUCGUUUGUCUCUGUCUUUCCAGAAGGCUGGAAGCAUAUUUUCCGCUGCGGCAAGUGGAUACAAGAGAUCUUCGAUAGACCACCGCAUCAAUUCGAGGGCCCGAUGAUUGAAUCGCGGUUGCGGAGCGGCACACUCACGCACGCCAGCAAUAGUAGUAACUUGGAGCUGCCCUCGACGCAGAUGCGCCAUCACCGUCGCACGCCGACGGGAGAGAGUCUUGAUGACGAUGCUCCGCUGGUCAUGUCCUCGCUGAAAGAAAAGGAAAAAGACAGAAAGAAAGAAAAUGAUGUCGUCAAGUCAAGUGCGAAUCGGACUAGUAAUCACCAUCGUCGGGAAGAGAAGCAGAAACCUGACGGCCCCGCAAGGAGGAAGAGCCUCGUUUCCCUGGGUAGUGAAGAGGAUCUGCUCAAGCGGCGCAUGAAAGGGUUGACGGUGGGAUUAAUGGGGUCGAAUGAUUCAUGA